AACCCGCAGCCCAUCGUCUCCGAGGAAGGAGACUGGUGGACAGUGCGGUCUCAAGUCUCGGGCAGAGAGUACAGCAUCCCCAGCGUCCACGUGGCCAAGGUCUCGCAUGGGUGGCUGUACGAGGGCCUGAGCCGGGAGAAGGCAGAGGAGCUGCUGCUGUUGCCCGGGAACUGUGGAGGGGCCUUUCUCAUCCGCGAGAGCCAGAGCAGGAGAGGUUGUUACUCCCUGUCGGUCCGACUCAGCCGCCCGGCAUCCUGGGACCGGAUCAGGCACUACAGGAUCCAGCGCCUUGACAACGGCUGGCUGUACAUCUCGCCGCGCCUCACCUUCCCUGCCCUCCAGGCCCUGGUGGACCAUUACUCCGAGCUGGCAGAUGACAUCUGCUGCCUCCUCAAGGAGCCCUGUGUCCCACAGCGGGCUAUUCUGCUCCCUGGCAAAGACACACCCCUACCAGUGACGGUGCAGAGGACACCACUCAAGUGGGAAGAGCUAGACAGCUCCCUUCUGUUUUCUGAAGCAUCGGCCACAGGGGAGGCAUCUCCCCUCAGUGAGGGACUCCGGGAGUCCCUCAGCUCCUACAUCAGCCUAACCGAGGACACCUCCUUGGAUGAUAUCAAGGCCCAAAGCAGGGGUCAAAAAGGGAACCAAGGCUGCAGAACCUAGAACCUCAACUCAGCUGCACUGGGCAUCCCCCAGGCUAGGCUGUGCCCUAAGUGAGGGAUGGGCUGAGACAGAAGAGUACCCUCUGCUCCAUCUCUCUUGGCCCCAGAAAGUCACGUUACCUCCUCCCAGUGUCACAACCCUGCCUGCAACAUGCAGUCAUGGUCAAAGCAGCUGAGAGCAAGACCAAGGCUGUAAAAAAGCAAGCCUCCUCGGGAGCCUGACCGGGUCAGUUUCUGAGUGGGUUUCCCAACCAUUUCAACCCCUAUCUGUUGAGUCCCGUUCCACAGCCCCACUGCUAACCUGCCCCACCUGCAAGGCAGAAACUCCCUCACAUCAAGGAGAAAAGAAUCAUUUUGAGAAAACGUACAAGCCUCCCUCAGUACGCACACCUCCAACGGCAGGAUCGUGGCCUACAAGCAAAAGGCAAGCAGAGGGCCUGGAUGGUUUCCACAGAGCAGAUCUCAGGUUGCCUAGCCUCCACCUGGUCCUCAAAGCAAAAGGCCCCUGAAAACCCAGGUCCUCAGAAGCCCACCAUCAAGCCUUCUCUGACAGCCACUGCUCUCAGAUUUCACCUCAUUGUGUGGCUAGUAUUCAAAGCUGGUCAAGCUUCCCCAGCCAUACUGACCAUCUAUCUGCCCUCUUGUGGCCAAAUACAAAAUGACACUUUAGUUCUAAGCCAUGCAGGAGGCAGUGAGGCCAGGGCUGAACAGGGCCAUGAGAAAGCAGUAAGCCCUUUCUCCACACCUAAAUCAAGGCCAGCUUUGAAGUUCCUGCUGCCUGUAAUAAGAGG